AUGAAGGAAAUCCGGUUCGUCCAAGUACUGGGUCCCAAGGGACGGACCAAGUCCAAACCGGUGAAGUGGAGCGACGAUGUCCACGACCCGUCCCCACAUCCCAUGGCAUCACGACGACGUCAGACCAGGCACUCGUCGUCGACCACCACAACUGAAUCCUAUGAUUCUAGCAUAAUUGGAGGCAGAACAAGGAAGCCAGCGUCGUCGCAAAAUUCCCAAAAAGAUCAACUGAAACAACCACCACCUGUGCAGAUCUUGACACCGUCUCAGCCUCCGACAACUCGAUAUGACAAUACCACUGCCAGAUCACCAAAAGCUAUCCCAAAAGUCAUACCAGGACGGACGUUUGUCGGAUUCACCCAUCCCGAGACCCUUUACAGUUCAUCUGAUGUAGAUGUCAUUGCUCCCAAAUCGAGACCACCGCGGCGGCUCCCGGUUGCCACUGAACCCCUUGAUGAUGUCAUCAACACUCGUAAGCGUCUCAUUUCUGAAAGCGAACACCAGGCCACUGAUGGCGGUGCUCGUGCUCAAGCAUUUUCCGAUAUGCUUCGUCGCCGAGAAAACCUUACAUUUGAUAGUCCGUUCCAUGAUCCGGGGUCGAAAGAAGUUCUGCUUGUAGAACGCAAGCGUCAUAUUGGCAAUACCAAGUUCAAUGGUGACUGGCUACAGCAAUUGUCACAAAAUCCCGAUAACGGCAAACACAUCGCCUUUCCGUUAUCGGCUUUAGAUACAGUCGAACUGCCGCCGUUAUCACCGUCACCAACACCAGCUUCAGCGCCAUCAUCACCAUCGCAAUCACCAUCACCAUCACUUCCACCGAUAAGUUACCAGGAGGCUCAAGAGACGCUUUCUCAAGCAAUGGCUGAAGCGUGUGGACGCAACCAUAAGCCGAACCCAUACUUCCAAAGAGUACGGGAAUAUUUCAGGCACCGCAAACAGCACCCGCCAUUGCCAUUGACUAAAAGUUUGGUGCGUCAAAUUCCUGAUAGAUGGCCGCCGGGGAUAUACAAGCUUGCCAAACAACUUGCGUACCAAAUGCGCUUGUCGGAAGAGGAUAGUGACGACACUGUGGCUAGCGACGGCUGGUUACGUCGCCAACUUAAGCUACACCCAGAUCAUGGUCGAAUCAUCAAGUUUCAACUGACCCCACCUAUUUUUGAUAACAGUGCUCGAGGCGAUCAUGGUAGCGGUGGUAUUGAGUACCAAUUUCAGCUCCUGCAUGUACCUCGGCGUUCUGGUUCUGAGCCCAGACGACAUAUUCGCGCGCACAACAUCACAUCAGCAACACACCCUUCAUCUGGAUCGGCUCGGAUGGCCGCUUCUUCCUCUACCAGGCAGUCGCCAUGGUUCAUGCCAUCGUCCUCCGGCGUUACCGUUCCUGACCCCCGCCCGGCUCCGAGCGCUGUGAGCGCGCUCAAAACCACCACCCCGCCAUCGCCGCCCUCGCCGCCGCGCCCGCCGGUAUCGCCGAAUGACCGAUCAUCGCAGAGGAAACGACGCCCGCUACAAAUCCCUCAAGGCGCCUAUGACAACUCCCAAUCGAUGGCUUUUUCCCAAACCACAAACCGCAACGGCGGUGGGCAAAGCCGAACCAUAACAAGCAUGAUCAGCGACGCGCAAAACAAACGAAGGCGCGUCGAAGCUACAAGCCAGUUUCCCGAAUCAGAGUCGCUGGAGUCAAUUGAGGAGAUCUCCCCUGAGCAGUUUCCCGAACCAAUCACGGUUAAGCGUGAGCGAUUAUCAAUGACAGCAGGAGAUAUGGGGUUCCCCUUGUCGUCGCUGAGAUUAUCGCUUGAAAACCGUCGCCUGCGACGCAACUCACUCGCUGAUCGUCAAGCCACGCUCCAAAACCGAUCGCGCCGGCUCUCGCUUCGGGGAAUGCAAGCCGAACUUCAUCCAUCAGUGCCGCGAGAUCAGUUUUAUCGGCACUUGGACCCGGCGGCGCUGGCGAGCGACCGCUUCUCUCAACUUUUGGUGUGGACACUGAAAAGUCGACAAAAGGAAUGGGAAUCAAAGCCUCAAUUACAACUGCUGUCAGUGCGAGCCACUGGACGGUCUCUCAUUACCACCAUUCUUAACAACAUAUCCACCCCAGUGUUUGACUUUGAACGACCACCGGGGCAAUCACAAACGAAAGUGAGAGUGGCCAACCCCAAAAAUGAUGAGCUCCGUUUGCAACUUGACCAAUGCACCCAGGCACUCAAGCAAGUUCAGAAGGAGCGCGAUGACUGGGUACGCCAGCUUAAGCAAGUGCAAGCGACGACGGCAGCGAUGGCGGUGCCGAAGCGCGAGCCACCGUCGCGGGCGACGAUGGAGACGCCGGCGAUCAAGCAGGCCGCCGAAAAGCUCGAGCUGGCGGUGGACGCCAUCGCUGGCAUCAGCGACGAGUUUGCCAAACGAGCACACCAACAGGCGGCAAUUCUCGAUACCGUGGGCUACACCAGCGCUGUGGCUGGUCCCACCGUCGAUGAGGCGAUAACGCGAGUGAUGGUCCCGCUGGAUCUGGACCCCACGCGCGACAUCGACCUCUUGAAGCACUGGCACCGACGCAAGGUGGCGCUGGCCUUUGAUGCCACCCUGAACUGA